ACCCAGCCCUGGAAUAUAUAGAUCAUUUGGAGCGCAAUGAAGUAGCCUUUGGAGAAGGGAGGGGGGACCCGGUCCGACAGCCACAGCGGCCACAGCGGCCACGGCGCACGGCAGCGGCGGCCGCACCACCAUCCCCGCUCGCACCCCAGUUCGCCCGGCCCACGAGGAGGCAACGGUGGCCGCCGGAGGGAGAGGCGAGACGAGGCGACCGACCCGCAGCGCGCCCGGCCAGCCGGCGGGUCCACCCACCUCCCGGGUACUUCCAGAGCAAGUCCGGUGUCUUUCACACCCCCCAGCCCCGGACUGGGGACUCCGGAGAGCGGCUUAAAAUAUCUAAGCGAUCCGCCCUCCCGAGUCUUUACCCGGCCCUGCUCAGCGCCUCCCCGGCUCGGAUCCGCGUGCCGGGGUCCCUGCUGCUGCGCCCCGGGGCGCGUCUCCCGGACAUCCCCCCACGAUCGAUCCGUCUCCGCGAGCCAGGACAAAGCCAUGAAGCCGGCGCUGCUGGAAGUGAUGAGGAUGAACAGAAUUUGCCGGAUGGUGCUGGCCACUUGCUUGGGAUCCUUUAUCCUGGUCAUCUUCUAUUUCCAAAGUAUGUUGCACCCAGUCAUGCGGAGGAAUCCGUUCGGUGUGGAUGUCUGUUGCAGAAAGGGAUCACGAAGUCCUCUGCAGGAACUCUACAACCCCAUCCAGCUGGAGCUCUCAAACACUGCAGUCCUCCACCAGAUGAGGCGGGACCAGGUGACAGACACCUGCCGAGCCAACAGCGCCAUGAGUCGGAAGCGAAGGGUGCUGACCCCCAACGACCUGAAGCACCUGGUGGUGGAUGAAGACCAUGAACUCAUCUACUGCUACGUGCCCAAGGUGGCGUGUACCAACUGGAAACGUCUCAUGAUGGUCCUCACCGGGCGGGGCAAAUACAGUGACCCCAUGGAGAUCCCUGCCAAUGAGGCCCACAUCUCUGCCAACCUGAAGACCCUCAAUCAGUACAGCAUCCCAGAGAUCAACCAUCGCUUGAAAAGCUACAUGAAGUUCUUGUUCGUCCGGGAGCCCUUCGAGCGCCUGGUGUCUGCCUACCGCAACAAAUUCACCCAGAAAUACAACACCUCUUUCCAUAAGCGUUAUGGCACCAAGAUCAUCAAACGCCAGCGCAAGAACGCCACGCAGGAGGCCCUGCACAAGGGGGCCGAUGUCAAGUUCGAGGAGUUCGUGGCUUAUCUCAUUGACCCCCACACCCAGCGGGAGGAGCCCUUCAACGAGCACUGGCAAACUGUCUACUCCCUCUGCCACCCCUGCCUCAUCCACUAUGACCUCGUGGGCAAGUACGAGACCCUGGAAGAGGAUUCCAAUUACGUCCUCCAACUGGCAGGCGUGAGCAGCUACCUGAAGUUCCCCACCUAUGCAAAGUCUACGAGAACUACCGACGAGAUGACCACAGAGUUCUUCCAGAACAUCAGCUCCGAGCACCAGACGCAGCUGUACGAAGUCUACAAACUCGAUUUUUUAAUGUUCAAUUAUUCAGUGCCAAGCUACCUGAAAUUGGAAUAAAGGGGGCAGGGGUAAGGGAUAGGGAAGGGGAGGGAGAGAAUCCUUCUUUUUAAUUUAAGAUUUUUAUUUGUCAAAUGAAUUAUAUGGAUAUGGGGUUAUUUUGUAAAUUAAUAUUUCCUCGGGGAAGAUGCUGCUAGCAGCAUUGGUGAGAAUUAUUUUUUAAAAAAAAUCCUUCGUCGGGAAGGACGGCUGUCUUCACAAGGGAACAGGGCGAUUGUCCUUGUUUUUUUUUUUUUAGAUGCGAAUACUGCAACACUGUCUCAGAGAUUUCCUUGUGUUCUGGUGAAUUCCAUGAAUUAUGCAUUCCAUAAAUUCUAAUUAAUAUUAUUUAUAGUUAUUUAAACAUGGUCUCUGUAUAGGUUUCUUUUUGUGUGUGUGUUUGUGUGUAGCAGCAGACUGCUACAUCUUUGCAGGAGAAAUCUAUGGUCUGUGCUUUGCUUUGCAACAGCUCAUUUGGAGACAUGAUGUUUCUCCACACCAGCUUGCUUCUCAUGGAGUUGUCUAGUGACAACCCUUGUGAUGUGCAUAGAUGACAUCAUUCAGGAAUUCUGCUAGAAAUAAAUAGGUUGUUUCAGCCCUUAGGGGUAGGCCCGUGGUACAUGCCUAUACUCACAGCUGUGUGGGAGGCAGACACAGGAGGAUCACAGUCUGAGGCUAGCCCACGAAAAAGCCCGAGAUCUCACUUGAAAAACAAACUAAAAGCCAAAGGGCUGGGUCAUGGUUCGGGCCUCUAAGUUCAGUCCUCAGUACUGCCAGAAAAAGAGAGAGACAUCUUCGCAAGGGACUAACUCCAAGCCAAUUUCAAUUGACCCCAAAGUCCCUUCCAUGAAAGAAAUGUGAUUUUUUUUUUGUAACCCAAGGAAAGAGCUGAUUGUAACAGAUUUUUCACCAGAACUAGCAGUCUAGUAGUAUAGGCUUUUAUGUGGCAAUGAACUGGCAGUGCCAGUUGUGGUGAAGGCAAAGUGACCGUAGCUUUAGAGUCAACAUGUAUUUAUUGAGCAUCUGCUCCCUUCUAGGCCUGACUACAUAGGCCCUGCAGAUAGAGCAUUGGACAAAGCCAAUAGUCUUGGCCCUCAAGCAGCUUUACAUGGACACAGAGCAGCCAGCUCAACAAUGAACAAACCCCUGCUAUUCCUGGGUUUGAGGGACUAUUUGUGAGCAACCCCAGAAGGUCUAUAACCCCUACAGCUGUGUAUAUUUCUUUGGCCCAAAUUUGAAAACCUCACACUUGGAUCAGUCCUCUCAACAUGGUCAAUAAUCUAAGGUCAUUACCCAACACAAGAAAUGGCAAAAGUAUUUCCUCUCAUGUGCCUAUUGCAAUUUAUGGGUACUGGUUUCUUUUAAAUCCCACUGGAAAUUCUCCAGGCACAGUGUGGAACUGUGCUGUGAUUGAUUAUUGAUGUCUGCCUUGGGUGAGGGAAGAGGAAUGUGGUCAAGUGCCUCCUGCUGUCAUCUUACAACCAACAGUCACAUUCCCAUGCAGAAGAAGCAUUAGCUACUGCUUGCUGCAUUAAAGAGUGAGAGGCAUGCAUACAUUUGGGGAUUUUUAAUGGUCUGGCAUUUAUACCCCUCCUGAAGGUCAAGGAUGAAGACUGGCAUACACACAAUAUGCACACCCUCCCCUGUCCUCCAGAGGCUAAGGGACCUUAGGUCCCUCAUGGCUGCUACCCAUGAGUAGCUAAGACAGCCUCUGUGAUUUUAAUCCGUGCACCUUCUCUAGGAGACUGGAAAAUUGCUACUUCCCGGAUUCUUGAGAACAUCCCACCCUACUUCUCAUUUGCAGCCAUUUCUGAUGAUUCUUGGUUGAAAUUUGAGCCACAUCCCUCUUACAACUAGUGAAUGAUUGGGUAGCAGAUACUGUAUAUAGUAAUUAUAAUAAUAAUAGUUCUAACAAUUGGGGAGGGUGGGAUGGGUAAGUUUUGUGGGUUUUGUUUUGUUUUUGAUGCAGUAUGUAGUAUAGGGGUGAGGAUAUUCUAAACAAACAAAAGAAUGGAUAAUUUAUUCACAGAAACUAUGAAAAUGGUAUUGUAAAGCUCACAGCAAGCUCUGUGAGCAGCAACUGCAACAUCUCACUGAGGAAAUUACUUUAUUUGAUAUGAGCAAGAGAGGAGCAGGCUGAAGCUAUUUAUAGCACCUUCUUCCAUGGUCUCUCCACUUUGUGACAGACACAACUACUACCCCCCUUGAUAGAUAGUUAUGUAAUGUGUUUGACCAAACAGCACCAGUAACUGAAAUUUGGGAGUCUGGGCUCUUUUUUUCCAGACAGGGGGCGCCGUCCUCAGAAAUCAGCUUCCGCGAAGGUAAACAGGUCCAUUGCAUUCCUAAGGGAUGAUCUACAGAACGCGGGUUUUCUGACACCACCUUUUGGUAUGAUACAAAUGAAAGGUUUUAUGAUCAUAUAUCCUUGGGAAACACAAAUGAAAUCCAUUUCCUUUCUGCAGGGCUUUUCAGAACCUUGAAUGCAUGAAGUGCAUUAUGAAUUCCCAAGAGCAUUAUGGCAGCAUUUCUUGGACUUACCUGACCAGGACAGUCCCUUCUCUGGGCUCCCCAUAGAGCAGGUGUCCCACAAGAGAAUCUUUAGCUUGAGUGAUUUAGCACACGUGAAAUCUGCCAAGUGUCAAAACUGUCCCUGACCUUCCCCUGAACAAACAAGCAAGCAAAACCAAACUAGCACUGUGGCCUCUAUACAGUUUAUAGAAUACAGGUACUUUAUAUGACAUGGAUUAAACUUUUAUUUAAGUGCAAUGGUUCUAAUUCUGGAUUCUGCCCCCAGAAAAUGAUUCCAUUCCAGGGGGGUGGAGGGAGGUCUCAGGGCUGUAGAUGGGAGAGAUAAAAAUAAAAGGAGGGGAGGGCAGUAAGGUUACA